AUGACCAACAUCACUCAUCGCUAUGACUGGCUCUUCGACAAGGUUGUGACCUACGCGAGUCGUUUCGAGGAGUUCCUUGCCGUAGAUGUGUCUGUGCGAUCGCUAGGAGACGCGCUGGCAAAGUACCAGAAGCAGAAGGAGGACAUCCGCAGUAUGGGGCGAACGAAGGACAUCGGCAUCUUCCGCCUUGACUGUCAAGAGAUGCAGCGGAUGCUGUUGCCGUCGCCAACAGGCUGCUUCGAUCUGCUGGCUCAGUACAUCCCUGAGCUGGCUAUGACAAGAAGAGCCGAGUUGAGCGCCGAAAUACAGGCUGCCAAUGAUAGGCUGAAGGAGUACCCGAACAACGUGGACGAGUAUGUCGAGUUCAAUGUACAUCUGGCCAAGAUCGAUGCAUCGCUGCCAUCCUUGGAAAAGCGUUUCCUCGAGGUUCAAGAGAUGGCGGAGAUCAUUCGAGAGUUCGGCAUUCGAAUCGACAGUGAGACACGCAAGGCUUUCAACGACCUUGCCUCCGCCAAGAAUCAGCUCAUGGCACAGGUCUCAAGCGGAAAGGAGCGGGCGGAGGUUGACGUGGCGCACUUCAGCAAGGCCUUGGAGGUGGAAAUUCCAGAACUUCGCAAGAGUGUCGGCGAGCAGCAGUCUAGAUUGGAUGCACCCGAUCUGUCUGACACCUCCAAAAUGUCGGCUGAAAGCCGCAAGGAAGUGCUCGCUUUCCUGGACGAGCUGCAAGAACAUGUGAAUCAAUCCCUUGAAGAAGCGGCGAAGUUCAACCGCUACCAAGACGUCCUCAAGCUCGAGCCGACAGCUUUUGAAGAUGUGGAAGAGCUGAAGGCUUCUUUCCAGAUUCGAAACAAGCUUUGGCGAGGCAUCGAUGCAUGGGAGGAGCUCAGCUCCGAGUGGAACAACUGCUCUUUCGGGACGGUUGAUGUGGAAUCCAUUCAGAAGAAGGUUGCUGAGUACAACAAGGUCGCUGUCCAGUCCGUCAAAGCAAUGCCCGACAACCAGGUGCCGCAGAUUUGGGGCGAAUCCGUCACACAGUUCAAAAACACGCUUCCUGUGGUCGUGGCGCUGAGAAACAAAGCGCUAAAGCCGCGUCAUUGGGAGAUGAUCACCUCCAUGAUUGGCCAAGAGCUGGAGCUCGAGGACGAGGAGUUCACUCUGGGCGGCCUCUUGGCCAUGGGAGUGGAUCAGCACAUGGAAGCAAUCCUGGACGUGUCUGGCAAGGCCACAGCGGAACAAGGUUUGGAGGAGAUGUUGGACAAGGUCAAGAAGACAUGGGAUGACCUGGAGCUGGUUAUUAAUCCAUACAAGGACAGCAAGGACGUCUUCGUUCUUGGAUCCAUUGAGGACAUCACAGUGGCUCUCGAAGACUCGCUGGUCACCAUAUCCACCAUCGCUGGCAGCCGAUACGUCGGGCCCAUUCGUGGAGAGGUGGAGCAGUGGCAGAAAGACCUUCUGCUGUUCCAGGAGACGCUGGACGAGUGGCUCAACGUUCAGCGGAAUUGGAUGUACCUGGAGUCUAUCUUCAACGCAGGAGACAUCAAGAAGCAGCUGCCGGCUGAGUCCGCCAAGUUCCAAGAGAUCGCCGCUUUGGCUACACAUUCGUCCGUUUCGGGAUCAGUCAGGCGGGUUUUGCCGACAACCGAGGAUGGGCAGUGGAGGGCGAUCAUGAAGGCUCGAGAAGAAGUGCAGCAUUUGCAGCAGAAGAUGCGCCUAGGGGAGAAACGUCGAGCCAAUGAGACCUAUGAGUACGCCGUGGCACUGAAGGCUGCGACAAAGCCGGGACGUCUGGACCUGUUCAAGAAAGCGAGCGAGACACUGGACCAAAUCCAGAAGCAGCUGGAGGACUACCUCCUGUCCAAAUGCGUCGCCUUCCCUCGAUUCUUUUUCUUGUCCAAUGAUGAGCUGCUUGAGAUCUUGUCUCAGGCAAAACGCCCGCAGGCUGUGCAGCCACACCUGCGCAAGUGCUUCGACAAUCUGGUCAAGCUCAGGUUUGGGGACGGCUCCAACUCCACGGACAUCCAUGCAAUGAUCUCGGGAGAAGGUGAAGAGAUUCCCUUUUUCAAGAUGCUGAAGGCACGAAAGCUGUGCGUCGGCAUUGACAGUCUUGGGAACAGAGAGCUGGCCCAACAACCGGACGACAUAAGAACGCUGAUGGCCUUUCCCGUUCUGUCUGUGGUCGUUAUUGUGGGCUCAUUGCGUGGCAGCAGCACUGAUCAGGCCAGAAAUGGCGUCGAAAAAUGGCUCAGUGCAGAAGGCGGCGUGGAGGAGUACAUGGUGAAGACCUGCAGGGCAGAAGUGAAGAAAGGCUGGGAGACCUAUGCGCUCGAGUCGGAUCGCAAGGAGUGGGUUCGGAAGCAGUACUGCCAGGUAAUGAUCACCGUGGGCUCGAUCUACUGGACACUGGAGACAGAGGAGGUGCUAAAUGCCACAGAGGGCAACAAGGUCAUCAUGAUGGGCAAGUGGUUCCAGAAGAACAAAGCCCAGCUUGGGGGUCUUACGGAAUCUCGACGGCUGUCUUUGGUCGUGUACACCCGUGAACUGAUUCGCGACAAGCUGGAUAAGCUGCAGCGGAAGGGAGUCGUUGCACUUGUCACGCAGGACGAGCUUCUCGUUGAUGUGCACAACCGCGAUAUCAUCCAGGAUCUCUUCGACAACAAGAUCACGAGCUUCCAGAACUUUAAGUGGCAGCAGCAGCUGCGGUACUAUUGGGAUCCAGAGUUGGAUGGCGGCCACGGUGACUGCUGCAUUCGCCAGGUGGAUGCCUUCAUCCUGUAUGGUCAUGAGUACAUGGGUGCAUUGUCACGUCUGGUCAUCACCCCGCUCACAGAUCGAUGCUGGAUGACUAUCACGGGAGCGCUGCACAUCAAGCUGGGUGCUGCUCCGGCAGGCCCUGCUGGUACAGGAAAGACGGAGUCCACCAAGGAUCUGGCCAAGGGUCUCGCUCGACAAUGUGUCGUCUUUAAUUGUUCAGACCAGAUCAACUACCAAAUGAUGGGCAAGCUGUACAGCGGAGUUGUGAGUGCCGGCGCCUGGACGUGCCUGGACGAGUUCAACCGCAUCUCCAUCGAAGUGCUCUCUGUGGUUGCACAGCAGGUCCUGGAAAUUCGGCAGGCGCUCUUGCAGGAUCUCACCGAUUUCGUCUUUGAGUCCCGGCAACUCAAAGUGAAGAACACGUGUGGUAUCUUCAUUACCAUGAACCCCGGGUACGCUGGACGAACAGAGCUGCCAGACAACCUGAAGGUGCUGUUCCGCCCUGUCGCUAUGAUGGUGCCAGACUACACACUGAUUGCUGAGAUCAUGCUCUAUGCCGAAGGCUUCGGCGCGGCAAAAGUGCUGAGCGGCAAGUUCACCAAUCUGUACAAGUUGUCUUCGGAACAGCUCUCCAAGCAAGACCACUACGACUUCGGAAUGCGAGCUGUGAAGUCAGUCCUUGUCAUGGCCGGCAGCUUGAAGCGAGCGGACCCAGAUGAGGAUGAGAACAUCCUGCUGAUCCGAGCCAUGCGUGACUCCAACGUGAAUGCCCUGAACCUCUUUGCGUUCAGCGAAGCAGUUCCGAAGUUCCUGUCAGACGACCUGCCGCUCUUCUUUGCAAUCGUCAACGAUCUCUUCCCAGGCAUCGAGGUGCCGUACUACGAUUACGGUGCUCUACAGGUGGAAAUCGAGCGGGGGCUACAAAAACAGCACUUGCAGGUUCACGACAAGCUUGUGACCAAGACCAUCCAACUUUUCGAGACCUUCAUGGUCCGUUUCGGCGUCAUGCUUGUUGGGCCAACACUUGGUGGCAAGAGUGUGGACUACAAAACCCUGGCCAUUGCGCUGACACAGCUCCGGGAGGACCAGAACCCGGACGAACGGUACCAAAAGACGCGGCGGGCUCAGAUCGAACUUUCCUCCAGCCGAGCUUCCGCUGCGCUGCCACAGGGCAUCACCAUGGGCGAGCUGUACGGCGAGAACAACGAGUUAACACAGGAGUGGACCGACGGCCUUGGAAGCAGGAUCAUGCGUGGAUUCCAGACUGAGGAGAACAAUGACUACAAGUGGACGGUUUUCGAUGGGCCCGUGGAUGCCAUCUGGAUCGAGAACAUGAACACGGUCCUGGAUGACAAUAUGACUCUUUGUCUAGCCAACGGGGAGCGUAUCAAACUGAACUGGACGAUGCGCAUGCUCUUCGAAGUGGAGGACCUCCGUGUGGCCUCGCCUGCGACAGUCUCUCGAUGUGGCAUGGUGUACCUCACGCCCUCGGAUCUGGGAUGGGAGCCCUUCGUGCGCACUUGGCUGAGUGGAUUGCCAGACGAGCUCUACGGUGAAAAGGCGAAAGAUAUGAUCUGGAGCUACUUCGAUGCUCACGUGCAGCGAGGCCUCGACUUUCUCCGGAAGAAUGGCUCAGAGCCUGUGAUCACGCAGGACACCCAGCUGGUGAUCUCCCUCUGCCGCCUCUUCGAGUCCGUGAUGAACGAAGAGGCUGCAACGGCCAACAGCUGCGCGUCCAAAGAUGCUCAGGUCGCCGAGGGGGAGUCAGUCCUGGCUCCGCGCAAGCUCUCCGGCAUGGAGGCCGCUGAGUUUGAGAAGUUCCUCCAGCCGACCUUCUGCUUCGCUUUCACCUGGACAAUCGGGGGCAGCUGCGAUGCCAAGACACGGGGAAUGUUCGCCAGGGAGAUCGAGAAUUGGUUCCCGAAUGUGUCCAUGCCAAGAGGCGGAGGUCCCUAUGACGGUUUCAUCAACUACCACGAAGGACCGAAGUGGAAGUCUUGGACCGACAUUGUGCCGAAGUUCCUGUUCCAAGAGGGGGUGUCCUAUUUCCAGCUUCUGGUUCCCAACCCGGACACCGUGCGCUUCUCUUACGUCAUGGACAGAAUGAUGACAACUCAGAAUUCAGUGUUCCUCACGGGCAACUCCGGCGUGGGCAAGAGCGUCAAUGUUGCCGCCCUCUUGGAGAAGAUGAAAGAGGUUGCAUCCGUCAUGCCCGUUUACAUGACCUUCAGUGCUCAGACGAAGGCAUACGAAACUCAGAUCAACAUCGAAAGCAAGCUCGAGAGAAAGAGAAAGACCUUGCUGGGUGCUCCUGUGAACAAGACGGUGGUGAUCCUCAUCGAUGAUGUCAACAUGCCGCUCGUGGAAGAAUAUGGUGCGCAGCCUCCAAUCGAGCUGCUGAGGCAAUUCCAAGACCAGCGGGGUUUCUUCGACCGGAAGAAACAUGAGUGGAAGGACAUCGAGAACACCACUUUGCUGCUGUGCGCAGCCCCACCAGGUGGUGGCCGUAACUCAAUGACUGCCAGAUUCACGCGGCACUCCCAGGUGCUGUGCAUGCCGCCCACCAGUGAGGAGGCGAUGUCUACAAUCUUCGGAUCCAUUAUUUCCGGAUUCCUGCAGCGCUUCAAAAGUGAGGUUCAGGGCUUGGCCAACGCGUCUGUCCAAAGCACGAUCGAGAUGUACAACAAGUGUGGCGACGAGCUUCUGCCAACCCCAACACGACCGCACUACACCUUCAACCUGCGAGAUGUGUCGAAGGUGUUCCAGGGACUUCUCAUGGUCAAGCCGAUGCAUGUGACGAACGCGGAAGCCUUCACAAGGCUCUGGUACCACGAGCUUUCAAGAGUCUUCUGUGACCGUCUUAUCAACAAAGCGGACAAGGAGUGGUUCUACAAGGCGGCCGCCGAACAACUGAAGUCCAGGUUCAGAGUCUUGGAUACGGAUCCGGAGAUCUGGAAUGCCUUGAUGUGGUGCAACUUCCUUCGUCCAGUAGAGUCCCGAGUCUACGAGGAAGCCAAGGAUAAGACGAAGGUGCAAAAGGUGCUGGAAGACGCAAACGAUGAGUAUAACCUCUCACACACGGCACAGAUGACUGCGUGGAGCACAUCAACCGCAUUGCGAGGGUGUUGGCGCAGCCCAGAGGAGUUGACAGUUGAGGAAAUUGGAAGUUUGAUCUCCGAAGAUGUCGAUGUGCUACUGUCACAUGCCUCGACCAGCGAGUUCAACAUAGCCUUGACGAAGGGCUAUGGCAUCGAUGCCUUCCGUGAAGAUGAGAAGAAGUUCCUUAUCUCCGCAGGAGCAGGAGCCGCCAAGGCGACGAUGUUCCUUCUCAGCGACACGCAGAUCAUCAACGAGACCUUCCUCGAGGACAUCAACAACAUCCUCAAUGCCGGAGAGGUCCCGAAUCUCUUCCCGAACGAUGAGAUCGACAGAGUCAUUGGCGACACCAGGCCGAGAGCGAAGGAGAUGGGACGAAGCGAGGCCAAAGAUGCAGUGUGGCAGUUCUUUGUGGAGAGUGUGCGAGACAACCUGCACAUCGUCCUGACCAUGUCGCCUGUUGGAUCAGCUCUGAGGGUGAGAAUGCGAAUGUUCCCAGCGCUGGUGAAUUGCUGCACCAUCGACUGGUUCCUUCCUUGGCCAGACGAGGCCUUGCUGGGCGUCUCAGCCCGACAGUUAUCUGGAAUGCAAGGCAUCAGUGACGAAUUGAAGGACUCGGUCUCGCAGGCGUGCUGCUUCGUGCACCAGGAAGUCAUUCGAACGUCUGCAGUCUUCGAGGAGCGACUCAGGCGCAAGGUCUACGUGACGCCCAAGUCAUACCUGGACCUGAUCAGUUUGUAUUUGGAAAUGAUCCAAGAGAAGAAGGAAGAGAAGGACGUGUCGCUCAAGCGCCUGCAAACUGGUGUUGACAAGAUUGACGAGGCGAAUGAGUUUGUGAACAACUUGCAAGAAGAGCUGACCAAGUUGGCCCCCGUGAUCUCGCAGAAGAUCAAAGAGGCAGACGAGCUCGUCCCGGUCGUCACAGAGGAGCAGAAGAAGGCUGAAGUUAUUAAGGAGAAAGUCUCCAGCGAGGAGGUCAUUGUCCGGAAGCAGGCUGACGAGGUGAAGGCUAUUGCAGACGACGCACAAAGGGACCUGGACAUUGCCAUGCCAGCCCUUGAAAGUGCACUGAAGUCCUUGGAUGCUUUGGACAAAAAAGAUAUCCAGGAGAUCAAGUCCUUUGCCAAGCCUCCGCCGCUCGUGAUGCUGACUAUGGAGGCAGUGAACGUCCUUCUGCAAGAGAAGCCGGAUUGGGACACUGCCAAAAAAGUGCUGAACCGGCCGACCUUCCUGCAAGACUUAAAGGCCUAUGACAAGGACAACAUUCCGGAGAAGGUCUUAAAGCAGCUGACAAAGUAUGUCACGAAGCCGGAGUACACAGUUGAAGCUGUUGGUAACCAAAGCAAGGCCGCGAAAAGCCUCUGUAUGUGGACCUACGCGAUGGACACGUACUCCAAGGUGGCAAAGGAGGUCGAGCCGAAGAAACAGAAGGUGGCCGAGUUGAAUGAGCAGUUAGCCAAGGCGAACGCAGAGCUGAAGGCAAAGCAAGACAACCUCCACGAGGUUGAGUCGCAAGUUGCCGCUUUGCAGAAGAAAUUGAACGACACUGUGUCCGAGAAGGACCGGCUGGUGGCAGAGGCGCAGCUCACCAAGGACCGACUGGCACGGGCUGACAUCUUGACGGUCGGCUUAAAGGAUGAAGGCAUCCGCUGGCGUGAGACGGUAGCAAGCAUCCGCCAAGACAUCAUCAAUCUCACUGGCGACGUCUUCUUGUCGUCAGCAUCGAUCUCCUACUACGGGCCUUUCACCGGUAACUACCGCAACGACAUCGUCGAUGCAUGGUUGACGGAGCUGAAGCGGCUCCAGAUCCCCAGUGGUGAGACCUUCGAUCUACGCGAGGUCAUGGGAAACCCUGUGGAGAUCCGCGAGUGGAACCUGCAGGGAUUGCCAACGGACGCUGUCUCCAUCAACAACGGCGUCAUGGUAGUUCGUGGCAAGCGCUGGCCUUUGAUGAUAGACCCCCAGUCGCAGGGCAACAAGUGGAUCAAGAAGAAGGAGGGCAAGGAGUUGAAGACCCUCAAGAUGACGAACCCCAAGAUGCUGCUGAUUCUGGAAGGCUGCAUCCGGACUGGUGCUCCCAUGCUGAUGGAGGACAUCGAAGAAACCCUGGAUCCGGCCCUGGAGCCUGUGUUGCUCAAGGCUGUCUACGAGGACAACAACCGCCUGCAAAUCAAGCUCGGCGACAGCGAGGUGGACUAUGACAAGAACUUCCUCUUCUACAUGACCACAAAGAUGCCGAAUCCCCACUACUUCCCAGAGGUCUGCAUCAAGGUCACUGUGAUCAAUUUCACGGUGACCUUCGAUGGUCUGGAGGAGCAGCUUCUCAAUGAGGAUCCUGGAGAUGCCUCACCACUGAAUGGUCUCGCUUUGGAGGUAGAGCUGAUGCUGCAGCUUGCCGACGACAAGAAGGUGCUGAAGCAGCUUGAGGACAAGAUCCUUAAACUGCUCUCCGAGUCGAGCGGCAACAUUCUAGACGACCAGGUGCUGAUCAGCACGCUGGGAGAGUCCAAAGAGACGUCCAUAGCAGUUAACGAGCGAGUCAAGGCUGCGGAGGAAGCCGCCGUGGAGAUUGAUGCGGCUUGCAAGCAAUACACAGAGGUUGCCACACGUGGAAGCAUUCUCUAUUUCGUGAUUGCAGAUCUCGCCAACAUCAACCCAAUGUAUCAGUUCAGUCUCUUUUACUUCGUGCGGCUGUUCAAGUCUUGCAUGGACAAGGCGGCCAAGAGUGAUGACAUUGAUAUUCGCAUGACGAACCUGGCCAACCAGAUUUUGAACGGCAUCUUCCAGAAUGUAUGCAGAGGCCUCUUCGAGGACAACAAGCUCACCUGCUCUUUCCUGAUCGCCACUGCGCUCCAGCGCCAUGCUGGUGAGAUCACGGCGCAGGAGUGGUCGCUGCUGCUCAGGCCAGAGCAGAACUAUGGACAGCGCGAUGUCAUGGCGUCCAUGCCAGCCUUGGACUUGCCAGGGGACUGGGCCUUCUGGACAUGUCGCAAAAGAAUGGAAGACGUGGGCCCCGGACUUAUUCUGGCGGCUCUGAACUCUUGGGAGGGCAAGGCCAGCGAACAUCGCGACGCAAGUCGCAUUAUGUUCACGCAGACUGUGGAUUUCAUGAAGUGGGAUGUGCCACGAACCAAGGAGCUCAACCAGCUUCAUUACUUCCACUACCUCCUGCUUCUGAAG